AUUCGAAAUUAUUUGUAAACAUUGCGAAAUUCACGCGUGUUUUGAUUUCAAAAGUGUGUGAUUUUUUCACUUUUGGAGUAUUUUAUGUGAUAAUUUUGCCUUGAUAUCGAUUAAGUGUAUUGUAAAGACGAUGGAGGUUGAAUUCAAUAAGAAUGACAUUGAGUUUCCUGUGAAGAAAUACGAAUAUCUGGAUCAUACAGCAGAUGUUCAACUUCACGCAUGGGGCUCUUCAAUGAAGGAAGCCUUCGAACAAUGUGGAAUAGCCAUGAAUGGCUACAUGACGGAUCUCGAGACGGUGAGCGUUGAAAAAUGCUACAAAAUAGAAGCUCAGGGAGAUGAUCUGGAAAGUCUUCUCUUUCGCUUCCUGGACGAGUUGCUCUUUCUCUUCUGCGCCGAACCCUUUCUGAUCGCCCGGAAGAUCGACAUCACCAAGUUUGACUUGGAAACAUUCUCAGUUGAAUGCCUAUGCUACGGAGAGCCCUUUGAUCUGCAGCGACACCCCCAGGGGACCGAAGUGAAGGCCAUAACGUACUCAGCAAUGCAAAUUAAUCAAGAACCUGAAAGAAAUUACUAUGAAGUAUUUGUAAUAAUUGAUAUCUAGUGCAAUUUUAUGACAAACUCAA